CGUUUCGUUUAUUCCCUCCAUCUCCUCGUCAACAUCUGCCGUGGGCUCUUGGUUCAUUCCUUUGACCGACCUGCGGGAAAGCAGAGACCCAGAGAGAGGGAAGGAGGCAGAAACCGGGAGACAGACCAGAAGCCAAGGCUGCAACCUGUCUUCCGCCCUUCCCCUCCCUCCCCACCCUGCCUUAACACCCCUCCUUAGCCAAAGCCCCUCGAGGUCCCCUGGGGCUCAUCCCCUCCCUGCGGGGCCCCAGGUGGCCCUCAGGGCCUGUGUCCCACCAUGUCAGUGGCUGUGGAGACCUUUGGCUUCUUCAUAGCAGCCCUGGGACUGCUCAUGCUGGGGGUGACCCUGCCAAACAGCUACUGGCGAGUGUCCACUGUACACGGGAACGUCAUCACCACCAACACCAUCUUCGAGAAUCUCUGGCACAGCUGCGCGACUGACUCCCUGGGUGUCUACAACUGCUGGGAGUUCCCAUCCAUGCUGGCUCUCUCCGGGUACAUCCAGGCCUGCCGGGCACUCAUGAUCACCGCCAUCCUCCUGGGCUUCCUGGGCCUCUUCCUGGGCAUAGUGGGGCUGCGCUGCACAAACAUUGGGGGCCCGGUUCUCUCCAGGAAAGCCAAGCUGGCGGCCGUUGCAGGGGCCCUACACAUACUGGCUGGUUGCUGCGGGAUGGUGGCCAUCACCUGGUAUGCCUUCAACAUCACCAAGGACUUCUUCGACCCCUUGUAUCCCGGAACCAAGUAUGAGCUGGGCCCCGCGCUCUACCUGGGCUGGAGUGCCUCCCUGCUGGCCAUCCUGGGCGGUGUCUGCCUCUGUUCCAACUGCUGCUGUGGUCCCGACGACAACCCCGCCGCCAGCACCCGGCUGCCCCACAAAGCCUCUGCACUGCAGUCCUCUGGGCUCUCUGUCCGCCUGCGACCCGCAACCACGGAUGAAGAAGGCGACAACAGCUUCGGCAAAUACGGGAAAAACGCUUACGUGUAGGAGGCCUGACCUGUUAACCCCAUUCCCUUCCCACUGCCCCCAGUGGACAGGGGUUCCCGGAACCCCGGGCUGCAGGGGCAGACCCCUGCUUGGUGUUACAACCUCAGGAGUAAGCCACGACCCAGGGGCAAGCCAUACCCCCAGGCUCCAUCCUGGUCCUGGAAGCCGCGCCCCACUCAGGCCCCGCCUCUCCAGUCCGAGCUCCGCUCUGGCCACACCUCCUUCGUCUGGCCAACAACCCGCCUCCUGAGAACUCACUUCCGACUCAGGAGGCUGGACCGACCCCUCCUUAUAUUGACCCCUUUGGGCGGUUACGGGGGUGGAGGCGUCCCGGAGUGUUUGCAUUCUACAUAAACACAUGCAUAAAUAAAUUUAUAUUGUGAACUGUU